AUGAAGAAAGAUAAAAUCGCAGUUCAAGAAGGUUUUGAGCACAUUGACAAUGAAAUAAAGGCACUGAUGAAUUCCAUAAAAGAUACAAAUAGAGAGGUUAAUCAGGUACGGCUCAAUCAAGUUUUCAAUGCAGGAGCCAUUCAACUAACACUGGUAGCACAUAAUCUACAGAAGAUACAAUCUGCCAUUAUAGAUGCUCUAACUGAUACUCAUCAUGGAAAAGUCAAUCCGUUGUUAUUGACACCAACACAAUUACAAAAGGAAGCAAAUCAAAUCUUCAUUUAUCUUCAUUUAUUACCAUCAUUAGAAUUACCGAUGCCAGAAGAUGAGCUAAUAUCCCUUUACAGACUAAUGAAGGUUAAAGGUGGAAUCACACAGCAGCAUGCAAUUUUUAGUAUAACAUUACCAUUGAUUGAACAUGAACGAUUUGAAUUGUUUCAACUAAUUCCAAUCCCGAAUUGGUUAAAUGACUCCAUGGCGGUAAUUGACUCAUGCAGUUCUAUUUUGGCUAUUAAUACGCAUCAUGAUCAAUAUUUUCCUCUUAUGAAAUCUGAUUUAAGUCUUUGUGAGACCAUAAAGGAAGGGGAAUUUCUUUGUGCCAACUUCCGCAUACGAUACAAUUUUGGUUCUGAAGUAUGUGCUUGUGAGAUCAACACCAACAACACAAUACCAAACUGUCGGUUGAAACACAUUAUCAACACUCUGACCUGGAUUCCAUUGAAUAACAAAAAUCAAUGGAUUUAUGCGACAUCAACAUCUUCACGAGCAACUGCAGUAUGUAAUAAGAAAUCAUACCGCUAA